AUGGCUGGGCAUGAGUUGUCCGAGGACGAUGCACGUGUACAGCGACCCGAGCGUUUGCGUCCACGUCGAUUAGAACCUGAUACUUUGUCCUAUCUCAAGGAAGUGACAGAUAUGCUGACACAGCAAGACGAGAGCUCAACCGCAGAAAAUCUAAAACUGUUGCUAUGGAACGUUUUGGAAGAAUUAGCACCACGUGCUGCCAGUGCUGCAUCCGACCGCCACGCUGGUGAAUUAUUGGAAGUUUGUCUGCCCAGAAUGAGUGACGCACAACUCCGAUUUCUGCUUCAUAAAAUGGCUGGCUAUAUGAGCCACUUGUGGACUAAUCGUUACUCAUCACACGUAUUACAGAAUAUUUUGUCUCGUGCUAGUGCUGUUGUGGCUAACGAGAUGAGCGGUGCUGAAGAGGAUAAGGAUGAGAUCGACGACGAAAAUGAUCGAAUGAAGGAGAUCCCAAUGAUGAGCGAUGUGAUUGUAAAUAUGGUUAAAGAAGUCAAAAGUGAAUGGAUCUCAUUGAUGAACGAUGUGAGUGCGAGCCAUGUGCUACGCUCAGUGUUUGCAGUGCUCGCAGGCAAACCAUUAGUCGCUGAGAAACGAGGCAAAAAGGGAAAACAUCGUGUUGUCACAUUUCAAGAAGCUAGUCCGGCUAAAGAUGGAUCAGAAGUUACUUUUGAUGUACCAACUACAUUUAAUUUGAUGUUUGACGAGCUACUAGCAAUGGUUAUCAAGUGCCCAAUUCAUGAUUUACAAAACUUGCUGUACGACCAGAACUCGGGACCAUUGAUCGCUUCAGUGCUAAAACUUGCACCCUCAAAGAGUCGACGAAAGCUCGCAAAGCACAUUCUUCACUGGAACGACGAACAUCUGUGUGAAAGUGGAUUCUUUAGCUUGGCAGCUGAUGCAGUAACUAGCCAUGUGUUAGAGUCCCUUUUUGAAAGCGCCAGCAACAAGUUUUUCACGAAAGUUUUUGAGCGGUGUUUGCGUGGCAAGAUGCUGCAACUAGCUGAGCACGAGAUUGCCAACUACGUUGUGCAACAUGCUGUCAGGCGUAUACGUAUAAAGGCCGUUGCAGUGCAUGUACUUGAGGAAUUAGAACCUUCGCUGUGGACAUUGCUUACCAUGGGUCGUCCUGGUGUGAUUUGGCGUGUGGUUGAAAUGUGUGUGCAGCAUAAACUGCGCCAGAAAGAAAUAUUUGAGGCGCUUGUGGCUGCUGUGAUAAAGCAAGAAAGCAGGAAACCUGAAACAGUUCGUAAAAACUUCGUUGCAUCGCUGCUCAAUGUACAAUUGUCGACAUCCGCUACGUCAGCGAAAGUGCAGCUAAAUGUUAUGGGCGCCAAAAUUAUCGAGCAACUGCAGCAGUUUGAACCCGGCGCGUACUUGAAACCACUAUAUGAGGGCAUCCUCUCGUUCAACGCGGUACAGCUGAUGGCAUUAGCGAAAGAUUCGACUGGUAGUCGCUGCGUUGUAGAGCCCAUUUGGGAGUCAAAAGACCCCAACACAGCUUGGGUUCGAGAACAGUUGUACCAGCGAUUUGUGGGCAAGUUUGGUUCAUUAGCGAUGGAUCGUCUAGGAGCUUUUUCGGUCAUGAAAUGUUAUGAGGACGUUUCGCUUGAAAAAAAGGAGGCGAUUGUACAUGAAUUGCUCGCAGUGGAGACGCAACUUAGUGGAAGCCACUUUUCGCAAUUGGUGAUUAACACCUGCCACCUCUUCGAUUACAAACAGAAUCGAGAAAAGUGGGUGGCACUCUACACAAAGCAGCAGAAAAUUGUUGAUUUAUUUAAGGAUAUGGUGGAAAGUAACGAGAGUGUAGAGAUGCAGAGAAAGGAUAAAAAAUCGAAGAAGCGCAAGUCAGCUCGAUCUUCUGAGGAUAUUUCAAUGCAUCGUGACGAAGAUGUUGCGAAGUGUGCAGAUGUAGCCUUAAUUCUGGAUACGCUGCGAAGUGAUGCUGCGAGCAAGAAUACGAAGCUGAAAACGAGUAAAAAAAACAAGAGGCAAAGAAAAGAAGCAUCGGAUAGAAAGUAG